AUGCGCCCCGCGGCGGCUCCCGCGCGGGCCGCCGCCGCGAGCGCUCCGGGCACCGGCCAUGGGGGAAGGAUUCCGGCGACAUCGCGCGCGUCAGCCACCUCUCGCGCGCAUCUGAGCGUCGGUCGGCGGCCGAGACGCGACGUCCCCGUCGCGCGCAUCCCCCGGCGUCGUCCCGCGACGGCCGCCGCCGCCGCCCCGCGCGAUGACGCGUCGGAGGUCACCGAGCCGAUACCAUGGGCGGACCGCCGCGACGUCGACGCACCGCGCGCGCUCCCGAACGCGAACGAGCGCGGGGACGCGACUCUCGAGGAUGCCGCCUUCUUCGUCGGCUGGCGCGUCGUGCACGUUCGCACGGGCGAGGACAUCGGCGAGGUCCGCGAGGCGCUGGGCAUGGCGUCCGGCGAGGUCGUCGCGCAGCUCGGGCACUCCGACGACGAGGACGAGGACGAGGACGACGGGUGGACCGUGGAGGUCGACCCCUUCUCCGACGGACACGACGAUUACUACGACGACCACGACGGGGAUCUCGACGAAGACGAGGAAGACGGCUUCGAGGUCAUCUACGAAGACGCGUCCGCCUCCUCGUCCUACGAUUACGACGGCGACGAGGACGAGGACGAGUACGACGAGGACGACGAGGACGACGCGACGUACGACGGCGACGAGGACGACGAAAAGUACGCGGAGGAACCCUCGACGCCGACGGGACCCCCGCCAAUGUCUCUCGUCCUGAGGGUGCGCGGGCAUCGAGACGUCGCCGGCGCCGGGGGCGUGACGAACAAGGAGCCGAUAACCCACUUGAUCCCCCUGGCGCGCGCCAUCUUCCCGCGGUGGAACCGCGAGACGAGGACGCUGGCGGCGGACCCGCCGUUCGGUCUGUUGGACCUCGGCGCGAGGCAGUCCAAGAUUCGAGGGUUACGGCGGGACCUCCAGCCGUACUGCUCGCGGGUGGCGAAGGGCGAGCAGGGCAUGCCGAAGAAGACGGCGCUGGCGCGCGCGGGACGCGAGGAUCUCAUCGAACGCAUCGACGAGCUCGGGGGAUGGUACGAGGCUGCCGCGCAGCUCGGCCUGAGGUCCAACCGAAAGCCGAACGGCUACUGGGAGAACCUGGACUUUCUCCGCGACGAGCUCCUGCAGCUCAUAUACGCGUUUUGGUUCCAGGAGGAGGACGAGGACACCGGCGAGCGCAUGUGGUACAACGACAUAAGCGGGGCGCUGACGUACGAGGAACCCGACGUGGCGUCGGGCGGCGGGCUGGACGUGCCGGUGAUGCCGUCCAUCUCGGACAUACAGGAGGCGAAGAGGUACGACUUGCAGCACGCGAUCAUCUUCCACGGCGGUUUCAUCGAGGUUGCCGAGCAGCUCGGGUGGAUGCAGAAGCGAUACGGCGAGAACCGUCACCUGCUCUCGUUCGCGCGGUACGCGGAGGAGAUGCGCGACUUCAUCGAGGAGAUGGGCGAGGACGCGAUACCGCGCGGGAGGUUACCCACGCUGCGCAUGAUGCUGGACGAGGACCGCGAGGAUCUGGUCAACGCCGCGAGAUGGCACGGCGGGAUGUGGGAGAUCGCCGGGCGCAUGCGAAUGCAGCCGUACGCGGCAUCGCCCCUCUCGAUGCUCCCCGACGCGGCGCGCGCGAUCCGGGAGUUUGCGCUCGAGGAGCAGGGGUUGGAGGCUGGGGAUGCCGCCCCCUUGAUGCCCUCGCACGAGUUCAUCGUCUCCCGGGGUCGCCACGACCUCGGUAGGGCGUACUACCUCCACGGCAGGACCAGGCUCGCGGACGCCGCGGGGCUCGAGCUUCGAACCAGGCGGUACACGUACGAGGAAUGCCGACGUUUCAUGCGCGUCGAGGUGAAGCCGCGGGUGAGAAACUCCACCGCUUUUCGCCGGUGGCGCGAGAGCGGAUCGAGGCCGAGGCUGGUGCCGGCGGAUCCCGCCAAGUACUACGGAGAGACCGGCGAGUGGGUGGAUUGGGCGCAUUUUCUCGGGGUUCGCGUCAAGCCGGGCGACCCCGAGGCUCGCAUACGCGCGACGCCCUUUUUGGAGUACGAGGACGCCAAGCGAAGGGUUCGCGCCAUGAGGGAAUCGUCCAUUGCCGCGAGGGAGUCGUCAAAACAGAAGUCGUCGUCGUCGGCCUUAAUCGGCGACGACGACGCGUUCGACGUUCCGAUGACGUCGAGCGAGUACCGGCAGUGGCGCGGGAAGCCCCCGUCGCUGCCCCGGUUUCCCGAGGACGUUUACGGCAGGAGGGGCGAGUGGCGGGGCUGGGACGAUUUCUUGGGCCGCGACGCCGCGGUGGACGAAACCGACGACACAGCUGUGCGAGACGGUUCGACGCGUCAAUCGACGCGCGAAUCGGUGCGGCGACGGCGACGAAGGGCGCGUCACGCGAGCUACCGGGACGCGCGGGCCGCGAUGCACGCGCUGGCGCGAAGCGGGGAGGCUCCGAGGACGAGCAAGCAGUUCCAGCUGUGGCGCGCUCGGCCUCGCGAGAUACCGCCCAACCCGAGGGCGACGUACCUUCGGACGGGGGAGUGGGCGGGUUGGGACGACUUCUUGGGCAGGGAGGUGGGGGAGGUGCUGGCCAGGGGGGUGGCGUCGUCCCGCGGCGACGGGGCUAGGACUUAG